CCCCACUCUACCCUCUCCCUGCUUUUCUCCGUCUAAACCCAUCAACCUCUCGCUUCUCAUCGAUACGCCAAGAGAAGAGAGAUCAUCAACAUGGGUGCGGAGGCGAAGCAUAUCAGCGUGGCCAUGGCGGAGAGCAAGGCGCAGCUGAUGUCGGUGAAGCGCGGCGAGCCGACGCUGGUGGCGCCGGCGUCGGCGACGCCUACGGGGGAGCAGUACUACCUAUCGAACCUGGACCAGAACAUCGCGGUGAUCGUGCAGACGGUGUACUGCUUCAAGUGCCCGUCGGGCCGCGGCCACGAGGGCGCCGCCGACGCGCUCCGCGCCGCGCUGGCCCGCGUGCUCGUGCACUACCACCCGCUGGCCGGCCGCCUCGGCAUCAGCCCGGAGAUGAAGCUGACCGUGGAGUGCACCGGCGAGGGCGCGCCCUUCGUGGAGGCCGACGCCGCCUGCGACCUGGCCGACAUCGGCGACCUCUCCACCCCGGACCCCGCCGCCCUGGGCCAGCUCGUCUACUCCGUCCCCGGCGCCAAGAACAUCUUGGAGAUGCCGCCCAUCACGGCUCAGGUGACCAGGUUCAAAUGUGGCGGCUUCAGCCUCGGGCUGGCCAUGAACCACUGCAUGUUCGACGGCCUGGGCGCCAUGGAGUUCGUCAACUCCUGGGCCGAGAUGGCGCGCGGCGCCGCGGAGCUCACCGUGCCACCAUUCAUGGACCGCACCCUGCUGCGCGCGCGCGACCCUCCGGUCAUCUCCUUCCCGCACCGCGAGUUCGACGAGAUCGCCGACGUCUCGGGAAUGGCGGCGCUGUACGGCGGGCAGGAGCUGGUCUACCGCUCCUUCUGCUUCGACCCGGACAGGCUGGAGCGCGUGCGCGCCCUCGCCCUCGCCGGCGGCGACCUCGAGCGCUGCACCACCUUCGAGGCGCUCUCGGGCCUCGUCUGGCGCGCGCGCACUGCCGCGCUGGGGCUCGCCCCGGAGCAGCAGACGAAGCUGCUGUUCGCCGUGGACGGGCGCCGCCGCUUCGUGCCGCCGCUCCCGAAGGGCUACUUCGGGAACGGCAUCGUGCUAACCAACGCGCUGGCGACGGCCGGUGACCUGCUGGCGUCGCCGGUGUCGCGCGCCGCGGGGAUGGUGCAGGAGGCCGUGCGGAUGGUGACGGACGAGUACAUGCGGUCGGCGGUGGACUACUUCGAGGCGACGCGCGCGCGGCCGUCGCUGGCGUCGACGCUGCUCAUCACGACGUGGUCGAGGCUCGCGUUCGACGGCGCCGACUUCGGCUGGGGAGAGCCGGCCAUGUCCGGGCCCGUGAUGCUGCCGGAGAAGGAGGUCAUACUAUUCCUCGCGCACGGCAAGGAGAGGAAGAGCAUUAACGUCCUGCUCGGCCUGCCGGCGUCCGCCAUGGAUGCCUUCAAAGAGCUCAUGGACGAGAUAUGAUGAGCUGCCGUGUGUCCGUGCCAUGGAAUACGUGUUCGGGUUGGGGGCUUCGUUUAUGUGUUAGCUCAUUUGUGUGAUACCUGUCAAUGAUUUUCCAAUAUUGCUUGCCAAACCAGUGAUUUUAUAGUCAUAUUGUAAGAAGACUUAUAAUAGUAAUCCA